CAAACACGGGGCUGAUUCUGGGGCCCUGACAUUGCCUGACCCUCUGCCUGGGGAGGGCGGGCCAGGGAAGAGAGUUUGCCUUUGGCGAGCAGGGAAGCUGUGCAGACCAUGAAGACACUGACUGAGAGUCAUAAGGCAAAAGGUUUGCCUUCUAAUGAUACUGACCGGCUCCAGAAAACGGAGGGAAAGCCCGAAAUACUGGUACCAGUUACAUUCAGGGACGUGGCUGUGGUCUUCACACAGGCAGAAUGGAAGCUCUUGAGCUCUAAGCAGAGGAUCCUGUACAAAGAAGUGAUGCUGGAGAAUUACAGGAACCUGCUUUCGUUGGAAUCAAAGCCAGAAACAGACUCCUGUUCCUCUUGCCUUCUGGCCUUCUCCCAUCAGCCUCUCCUCAGCCAACAUGUGCUUCCGAUCUUCUUGGACUUACGUGACUUCCAUCCAGGGGAUUCUGGCCCAGGGCAUCAGGGGCAGAAAUGUUCUUCUCAAAGCUGCUGGAGUGAAAAAACAAAAGGUCAAGAGAGAGAAGGUGGCUUCAGAUCCUUGUCUGUGAGGACAGAGGAGAGAGAAACCUCAGGCGCUGUUCCCAGCCCACCCCGAAGACAAUCAGCAAGUCCUAGAGAAGGCAACCCAGUGGUAGAAAUAGAGCCCAAGCCAGCCCAGAGGGUAUGCCCUGUGCAAAUAGACAGGGGAGCGGAGUUAGGAACCCUGAGAUCCGGAGUAGGCAGCUGUAACGAGCAUGAGCUAGACUGUAGUCUGAAAUCACACUUUGCUGGACACCAGGUGACCCUCUCAGAAGAGAAGCCCUAUGUUUGCAGGGAGUGUGGGCGAGGCUUUAACAAUAAGUCAAACCUCAACAGACACCAUCGGACGCACUCAAUGGAGAAGCCUUAUGUGUGUGGUGACUGUGGCCGAGGCUUUAGCCUGAUGGCGAUCCUUGUUCAUCACCAGAGGACACACUCAGGAGAGAAGCCGUAUGUGUGCAAGGAGUGUGGGCGAGGCUUUAGCAAGAAGUCCAAUCUGAACAGACACACAGAAACCCAUUCGGAAGAGAAGCCUUAUUUGUGCAGGGAGUGUGGGCAGAGCUUUAGAAAUAAUUCAGUCCUCAUUAGACAUCAGUGGAUUCACUCUGGGGAGAAGCCCUAUGUGUGCCCGGAGUGUGGACGAGGAUUUGCUUACAAGUCCACCCUCAGAAAACACCAGAGGACUCAUUCAGGAGAGAAGCCCUAUAUAUGUCAGGAGUGUGGGCAUGGCUUCAGCGAGAAGUCAUCUUUCAUCAGACACCAGAGGACACACUCGGGGGAGAAACCCUUUGUGUGCCUGGAGUGUGGACGAGGAUUUGGUGAUAAGUCAACCCUCAGAAAACACCAGAGGACACACUCGGGAGAGAAGCCUUACGCGUGCAGUGAGUGUGGCCGAAGCUUUACCCAGAAGUCAUUCCUCCUUAUUCACCAAGGGACACACUCAGGAGAGAAGCAUGUUUGCAGGGAGUGUGGGCGAAGCUUUAGCUACAAGUCAAAUCUCAUCAGACACCAGAAGACACACUCAGACGUGAAGCCUUAUAUAUGUAGGGAGUGUGGGCGAGGUUUUUUCUAUAAGUCAGACCUCAUCAUACAUGAAAGGACGCACUCCGGGGAGAAGCCUUACGUGUGCAGUGAGUGUGGUCGAAGCUUUAGCCAGAAGUCAUUCCUUGUUAUUCACCAGGGGACACACUCAGGGAAGAAGCAUGUUUGCAGGGACUGUGGGCGAAGCUUUAGCUACAGGUCAAAUCUCAUCACACACCAGAGGAAACACUUGGCGAAAAGCAUGUUUCCAGGGAUCACGGACAAGACCCAGCAAUCAGUCAAAUCUCAUCUUACACCAGAGAGACACCUGGGGUCUGUGUGUGUGGAGUGAGUGUACCUUCAGGGAGGUGUUGACUCUCAUCGGGCACUGAGGACACAUUCAGCAGAGGAACCUAAGUGUGGGUAACUCUAGCCACACUUAAGUGGGAGGCGUUGUGUGUGCGGGGACUGUGGAUGAGGCGGUAGCAAUAAGUCAGCGUUUAUCGAAUAUCCAGUGGCAGGCAGGCAGGCAGGCAGGCAGGCACAAGGUGGCACACUCGGAGAGGAGCAGCGUGUUUGUAGGGACUGUGGGCAAAACCCUUGUGAUCAGCCAGCCUUCUCCUCAUGCCAUAGAGAGUUCCUUACGUGGGGGUACGUGGAGCUCUGCCCAGAUAACCUCAUCAGGACCAACACCCCUGCAGCUCCGGAUAACGGCUGCUGAUGCUGCAGAGACAAAGUCUUUCCUAGGACCUGCUCUCAGCCACAGGGAACUGCACCUUCCUAAGGGCUGGCUCCUGGCCAAUGGUUGACUGCUAUGGGGAGACAAAACCUCAACCCUGGACUCAGUUGUGUUCAAAGGGUCAUCCUGGAUCGAGAGAUGCCCAUCACAUCUCAGUUGUGAACACAUUGCAGGUCAGCUUCUUCCUCUGCCCAGUCCAGCCCUCAUUCACCAAUAAACCACUUAAUUCUCCACUCCCUAUCUCUCCAGGGACUCCACUCUAAGACAUCUUAAGUGUACAAGGAGCGUGGACAUGGCUGUGGCCAUAGUCACCCCUCACAAACCUCAGCGUUUGCAUAGAAACUGUGUGUGGGCAGAAUGGGCAUGGAUUUAGGAAAAGUGCAUCUCAGGAUGCAUCAGAGAACAGCUAUAUUGUGGGAAGCUUUAUAUAGGCGGGGAAGGAGUCCGUAAGAUGCUUAAGCAAUCAGUUAUAUUAGUUACACCUCGUCUUGCACCAGAGGUCAGUCUGAGAGAAGAUCUGUGUGGGCAGGGUUUGUGGGUGAAGCCUUAUCCGGAUGCUCCUCCUCAACAGACUAAGAGGACAUUCUUGACACCACAAACCACUACCUCACCUUUGAAGGAGUUUCACAAGUCUUGACACCCCCCCCCCCCAUUCUCUGUAUGAGAGUGAAGAUGGCACUAGCCACUAAAUAGACAUGGUUUUCUCCCAGUUUUUGUAAUCAGAUGGAGUAAAAAAAGUAAAGAGUUUUACUUAAGUAACCUAAGAAUGACAACUUGCUUUAUUUUCAUACACCAGUUCCUUCCCAUGUUUUGUCCUUUUGUUAUAGUAAAAUGAUAAGCUCCAGCAGCACACCGUAGUCUCUCAUCCACCUGGAAAGGAAUUCACAUUCACAGCCUAGAUUUCCUGCGUGAAUUCAACCCUUGAGAAAAAAUAAGUCCAAAUAAAUCUGAGGUUAUCUGAGCCUUUGCGUGGGGAGGAUGAUCGGGGUUCUGGAAACAUGCCAGCCGAGGGGAGAACUUCCCAGGUCUCCAGGCCUGGAUUGCCUCUUCUAACUGAUCACUCCCUUAGGCUUUUGUGAAGGCUCCCUUCCCUGGGUUUUCUCCUUUCUAAUCUCUGCUCGGGUCUCUGCUGAACCCUUCUCAUCCCCAUCACACCAUCACUGGUCCUUAAUGGUCUGUUCACAUCCUGCAUUUUCGGGGUUCUGUAAGUAUACUCCCUGUGCGGCCUUCCAUGGUCUAAGCUCAGGUCCUUUAACCAUGCCCUGCUCUCCAGUCAUGAAUGAAUGCUUUGGGCCUCUUAGCUACUCAUAGGUCUAAAAGCCCCUAAAUACUGCUUCAAGGCCAUGUCCCCACAGCCCUCCAAGGGUCUUGCUAAUGACACCCCACAUCAUCCUUUUACUAGCUGGUCCAAGACAGCCUAGCCAUACACCACCAUUGUCUUUUCAGCCCAAGGACCUGGCCCUUUGGCCACACCCUUUCCUAGUCCCCCUCCCUCAGGGCCCAAAUUGCUCAGUUUGACAACUCUACACUCCCUGGCUCUGAUUUCUAUGUCCUGGGCCAAUAACUGUUCAUUCUAGAAGGAGGGUCUGCCUAGACUCCAGCAAAUUUGCUUGCUUAGUUGGGGUUUACCAGGUCACAAAUUGGACAUCAGGCUUUGAAAAGCAAAAGCACAGAGUGGUUUUAACACCCCAUCAAAGGAGGGGGCAGUAGAAGAGUCUGAAGGAGUCACUGGCUCCAAGGCCUCUGCUCACACCCUCAGCCGUGCGCUCAGCUCUGCAGCGGGUCCUGGGUCAGCUCUGGUGAGGGGAAGGUGUCCGCAUGGGGGUGUUCCCCUAGUGUUCCUUUCCUAGAACUACCCCUAUCACAUCAACUCUUAGCUUCUGGUCAGAACUAGAAGCCACAGAGGGAAGAAUGUAUUUGGCUAUGUCAUCUCUAGGGUUUGCAUUCCCGAUGAGCUCAAGGCCCUUCCUCCAUGUCCUGCUAUUGGGAGAGAACAAUGCAAACAAGAAAACCAGCACCUUCCUUUAAAAAAAAGAGUAUAUCCUGUUCAUUAAUUUUAAUCUGGACAUCAUUUUGGAGAAUAGCCAAGCACUCAACUGACCUUUAAUUAAAGAAAAUUACUUGUGAUAGGUUGAAAAAUGACAUUAGGAUCCACAAAAAAGGAAACAAGAUUCUUAGAGUUCCAUCCACCAGUGUUCUGAAGAGGAUAUAAACACCCCUUCUCCAGCUGAGGAGUGGAAAAUCUCACAAAGCCAGGUGCCCUGGGGACAGGCUUCGCCCUCAUCUGCUGCUGAUGUAGACAGACCACAGGGCGGGUCCCAGCUUACCCUGCUCACCAGCUUGAAGGAGAAGCUGGUUCUGCAGAAUCCUCACUGCUGCUGGCCAUCUGUUCCCCUUUUCCUGACCCCUCACUUCCUUUGGGAACUAGGUUAUUUUUUUGUCAGGGAGGAAGAGAGCUUAAUGUGAAUUUUAAUGCCAUUUACGAUAGUUUUUAUCUGACCCGCCUCUUUGCAGUGUCUGUUCCAAUCAUCUAGAGCAGUGAUG